GCAACUCCCAUGUUUUCAAACCCUCAACAUCCGGAAAUCCUUACCUGCUGCAACUGUAACCAGAGGUCGCUGCAGGAACUGAGUUAUUCGGCACCACCCAGGGCUCUCCAAUAAAGGGGCGGUCGAGAGCUCGCUGAUGAGUGUCGGCUGCGCAGGAGCGUCGCUUUGUCAAAGAGGUACGGCUAGGGAGUCCUGGGAAUUGACGGUGAAAGAUGCCAGGUUGCUACCUUAGCUACCUCACCUCUUUCACCUCAGGUACCUUGUGCUCCAUGCCCACUGAUAGGAGUGGGCUCGAGGCCAUCAAUUUCCCACGAAUCCGUCACCUGCCGACUACCAUGCUACCCUCUUUUAGAACGGUUGCAUCCUUUGAGACCAUGGGAAAUGAUUCAUCACAUUCUGCGGCAAUCCAGUUCCAGGUUGUUUGGGGUUGAAGCACUCGCAAUGAAAUUCCAAGACCCUGGGGCUGUCGCUUUGUCAAGGCAGUUCUUAGCUCCACAAACUCGGGGGGUUAUUUGUUGUCUAGUGCAGUUGAGGAUCCUGCAGGAGAGGACGUCCCCGCCCAGGGCAUGUUCUCAGCGAAACUUGCCGCUAAUCCAUCUGCUGUUAGCUUUGGACCUGUGCUCCCGUCUUCCUGCCCCUGAACCGAAGACUUUAAGUGCGCAUGUACAUACAACACAGUACAUGGAUGUGGCUAGACAUUUGAAAAUGGUAGAACAUAAUGGCAGGCAGGGGAGUCUGGGACUUGCCCAAAACCUGAUCAGGAAACACGAACGUGAAAAAUAUUCAACAAAUCGAGGCUCACCUCAUCAGUAUCGUUGAC